AUGAUGCAGCACAUGGUGUCUUCUCCUCCGCUUCAGUCGCGGGGCGGCCAAGCGGUCGGCGCCUUUGAGGGCGACCCCUGGAGGCGGGGACCGACCCCCGCCUCUGCUGCGCCUUCGCGAUGCACACCCACAGUCUCUGCCUCAAUGUAUCCCACUUCUUGCACUCCGCCUACUGCCGCGUCUCACUCGACUUGCUCCUCCAGUUUGUCUCCCUCGCCGCACAACGCGCGAUACUCGCCAGCCCCCCCGGAGUACCAAGGCGGCCACGUGUCUCGGCAGGCCUUCUCCGCUGAAGCCGCUCCCGCCUUCGCCUCAGACGUCGCAAGCUUCCAGGGCGGCGCGGUGCUUGUGCGGGGCCGAUCCGUGGGGGACGCUCGGGAGUUCGCGGCGGCGUCUUUCGCGUCGCGAGAGGAAAGUUUCAUCGCGCACUACGCUUCCCCCCCUCAGGCCCCAGUCCUCGCCCCCGAAGGAGACGGUCUCCCCUGGGCACCUGCGGCGGCCUCGACGUACCCUGGCGACCAAGCGCCAUGGGGAGGCAACUCGCUCGGCCGCGGCAAGGGUAAGGGUCGCUGCGGACAACAGGCGGUGACUCAGCAAGGCUUCGUGACGACGCACUACAGCGGCACCGAGGGGACUGCCCAGUACGCCUACGAGAGCUACAGCCGGCCCCACAGCGGCUUCCCAGAGGCCCCAAUGCCCAAACAAGCUGAGAGCGAAGGCAUGCAGCGCGCCUCCAACCCAGCCUUGCCGUCGCCGACGGAGACCGCGCCCCGCGGGGCGACGACCUGCGCGUCGAACGAGCAAGCGAGCGCGUGUUGUGGAGUCCCAUCGAAAGCGCCUGCGGGUCUGUACUACGAGUGGAAUUACCCGCCCCGCAGUGCGCCUUUCAACUACGCUCCAUCCUACUCCAACGAAUACGGGCACCCGACCUCCUUCUCGGAGUACCCGGGACAUCCCGCCGUUGCGCAGCAGAGCCACUCAGCCUUCUUUCCCUCUGCGUCAGCGCCCGCCGGCGAGGGAUUCUAUGCCGCGCAGCCUUCUGAGUGCCUCAGCUCUGCGUUCGCGACGGCGAACGCGCAGCCGCCCGCGCCCCUCUCGCCCUCUUCGCGCCCGCCGGCGCCUGGCCAGCGGGGCUGCACCGCCGAGACGCCCGUCUACGCGAACGCGUCCUCGCCGUCUCCCAAGAGCCAGGUGAAGCGCAACGUCGCGCGCAGCCGCCCACGCUCUGAAAACCCGCGAUCGCGGAAGCGCAGCCCGAAGGCUCCGCGGCGGUCGCCUCAGCCGGGCGCCCGGGCCCCAAAGAGCUCGUCGAACGCAGCGGUCGGCGGGUCGACCCGCCCCGUGAGAGGCCUGCCGCUGCAGCAGCGCAAGCUAUACAGACACUUUGCCCGCCAGACGCCAAGAGUCCAAGGCCUCACUUUCGACCACAACCAGAUCCGGUGGAUUUCAUACUGGAAGAACGACCAGGGCCGCCAAAUUCAGCGCCACUUCCCCGUCAGUCGUCAUGGGUUCCUGGAGGCGCGACGCCUGGCUCUCGAGGAGCGAAACCGCAUUCUGGGGUGGCCGCUGCACACGGAUGAAGCAGCUGAAGCAAUCGAAGCCCUCAAGGCGUCUGCGGAUCCCUUCGUCCAGCAGCUCCUCCUCUGCCCGCCCUCGGUGAGCGCGUCUGCCAGCGUCUCCACGAACCUGCAGGAGGCCGCCGGCUGCUCCCUGCUCGACGAACACGCCUUCUCUGCAUGCGCUCUCGGCGAGGAUGGAGCCGAGAGACAGGGGGAACGGGAGGCGAGCUGCGCCACCUGGGGCGGCGCCGAAGACGAUCGCGAGAGCCGACAGGGCAAAGGCAAGCGACGCGUGAGGCCAGCAGAGGGCGGACUCGGCACUGAGCAGGGCGUCGCCGACCCCGAGGGCGAGGAGGGGCUAGAGGAGCCCUGCGGAGAAGGCGAGGCGGAAGAGCCUCGAGGCAGCGGCUGCGACAAGGGCGCGGGCCUUCAGGCGCAGACCUGUGAGGAACUCGCUGAGAGCCGUGUCGACCGCGCCGGGCACGGGAAGGUGCCUCUGGCCGACUCGUCGCUGCAGUGGGGUUCAGAUUUUCAGCAGGAGAACGCGAGCGUGAAGCACGAAAACCAGCCGCAAGACGCCAGCCAGAUGCAGCAGCACUUGCUCGCGUGCGGCGAGCUGACACCUCGGCAGAAGACCUACGAAGGCGUCCCCGCCCCGCAGACCCCCGAGCAAGCGGAGGACGACGAGGAUCAACUUCUGUCGCACAGGCGAAAGAAAACCUCGAAGGAGAAAGAAGAGCGAGACCCAGCGGGGACGCCUAAUCCGUAUUCUCACGCCUCUACUGGACCUUCACGGGCGCCCUUGCCUGACUCGUAUGCCGCUUCUCUCUCUGAUCCGUCUUCCAUUUCUGCUCCACACGGGUCUCUCGCGGGAGCUGCGUCCUCCGCCGCUGCCUCUGCAGCCUUCUCGGCGCUCGCCCCGCCCACCGACGUCGGCGACGAGGGCAGGGCGAAGCCGAGGCGGCCAGCGCAGCGAGCACCAGCUGCGCGGAAGCAGGGAGAGGAGAAGACCCGAAGAAGCAGCGGCUCGCGAAAGCGCUCUGCGAAGAAUGCUCUCUCGUCCUGCGUCUCGCCGACCACGAGCUCGUGCUCCCAGUAUUCCGCCCACGGCGUCGCCCCGUUGGCGGCGCCGUACACUCUCUCAAUCACGCCCGCGUCGCCCACGAGGAGGGCGUCUCUCUUUGGCGACGCCGUCUCCUUUUCGUCUCCCUCGCUGUCUCUGCCGGCCAACGAGCCGACGUACCAGCCCGUCUCUCAGGAGCUCGCUUCCUGCUAUGCCCCCUCUGUCGCUGCGGCGCACCCCGGCGCCCUCUCGACGCCUGAACACAGCUUCUCGCAGGCGAUCUCCCACUCGUCGCCCGACAGUCAGAAUCUUGCGCCUCGGUACCGCGAGGUCCAGCCGCGUUCGUUCUCGGCGCCGUCCGCUUCUCUGUGUGUCGCCGCGGCGCCUGUCUGCUUCGCUCCGCCGCGCCCCUCGUCGCUCGCGCCGCAGUUCGCGGCGCACUCUGCGGCGCCCUCUGCGCCCGCCUCGUCACUCCCCAGGCGCCCAGUCUUCCUCGAGCCUCCCUUCGCGUCUUUUUCCGCUUCGGCGGGGCUCCUCUGGGCGAACCCGCAGGAGGAGCUGCUGCAGCUGCAGCAGCUUGAGCAGGAGGCCGAGGCGGUCGCUGGAAAGGCCCUCUGCCGCAAGCGAAAGAAGACGAAGGCGCCUGGCGCGCUGCGGGUGCGGAGCGACUCGGCCGCGAAGCCGCGCGACCUCCGCGCGAAGAAAACUGAGCAGACGCCCGCCGAGCCGAACGUGCCAAGCGUGGAGCCCGAGGCCGCCGGGAGCGACGACGAGCCGCAGGGGACGCCCCGCCACGCCGAGGGCGGCGACUUGCACUCGUCCGCCGAGACGCAUGCCUUGCCUCCGUCUCUGGCGGCGUCCUUCCCGCAUACCGCAUCUCCGCAUCUCCGCUUUCCCGCCACACCGUCGCGAAGGGCGUCUGUGGAGGGCUGCCUGGGCGCUGCAAACGCGCUUGCAUGCACGCCUGCCGCCGCGUCGCCCUCGUGCGUGUCGUCGCCCUUCCGCACGCUGUCUGAGGGCGGCGACGCCUUCGCGGCGGACCAAGCCGCGCCUCCGGCGCUCUACGACGGCCUGCGAGAAAACGGCCUGCCAAGCGAUCAGCAGGCAGCGGCGGACAGGAAAGCGACCGCCCCCGCAGCGGGAGAGGGCCUGCCGCCUGAGGCGCUUGGCUAUCCGAGUAAGGGCAGCGACAAGACGCUCUACGACGUGCCGCGGACCACCUCGGCGUCCGCCCUCAGCGACAGCCCUUUCGCGAGCGGACCCUUUUUUGCCGCCGGGGUGGCGUCAUUCGCCAGCUGCAAAACGGCCCCGUUCGCGGCGGGCGCGUCGCAGCUGUUUUGCGCAGCCGCGACCACCACGACGACGGAUGGAUGCACGACGCAGCUGCCGCCGGCGUCCUUCGGCGCGAAGCCGGGAAGCGCGGUGGUGAAGCGGAGGAACUCCUCGGCCUUCCCCGCGUCGCUCUCCAGGUCCUCCACGUGCUUUGACAUUAGCGCAGCCCCGCUGACUCCCAGCGCCGCGCGCGACGAGGUGGACGCCGCCGCCAGGCUGCAGCCCGAGGAGGACGGCGGGCGCCUGGCUUCGACCACGGAUAGAGACGAGACCGCGCCGGAGAAGGCGGGGUUUCCCUGGCUCGAGGAUGCGGCGCACCCUCGGCGGCGUGCCCUGCUGGAGGGGUCUGCGGCGGAAGGCGGCAGGCAGCAGAUCGGAGACCUCGAGGCGCUUGCGGGCGCCGAGACGCCUCUGUGCAAGGUUUCUGAGAACGCCAGACUUCGAUCCUCGCUUCCGCAGCUGUCGACAGCCAGCGGCUCUCUGCGACUCCCCAGCCUGCCGCGAUGCGAGACGACGACGACCGAGGACUCAGCCUACGGCGGCCUCUCGGCGUUCGUCGCCCCCUGCACGGCGCCGCGGGAUUUCUCGCCUUGCCUGUCAUUUCCGCGCAGAAAGAACGAUCAAGCGGCGUGCAUGCGCCGAAAAAGCGCGGGCUCAGGCUUCGCGCCGCCCUCGACUUCCUCGCUCCUCCUCGUGCCCUCUUCGCCCUCGCACGAGGCCUGCUGGUCCCACUUUUCUGACUCCGACGCGCGGCUCUGCGCGACGAUGCGGCGAGAGGACUGCUUCUUUCCGCCUCCGUCCGUCGCUGCCUUUUCGACUGCUUCGCUCGCGUCGCUGAGUUCCCUCCCUGCGGGGCCCCACAGCCUCGCCCAGCACCUCUGCCUGUCCUCUGCCGCGGCCGCGGGCUACCCCGACUCGACUCCGAAGCAACGCGCCAUCCAGGCCCUCUGCGGCGCGUCAGAGUUGGGCAGGCGACCGUCGUUCUCAGUCCUCUCUGAGAGCGUCCACGAGGAAGGCGCGCGACCGGCGCAUCCGGAGCUCUUCGGCUCGCCCGUCGUGGUGUCGUCCUUCCGCACCUCCAAGAUGCGACGCACCAUCUCGACAGAGGGCAGCGUCUUUCUCCCCCGGCGCCUCUCUGAGAAGCUCGACGAGGAGGAGGUCUUCUCGGGGUCGCGGUUGCCCUUCUACAGCGAAGUCAGCGAAGACGAGAGACGGGGCGAAGGCCGAAAGCGCGGCCGCAGGGCCUCACGGCGACACACGCGCACGCGGGUGUCGGUGUCGGGCGUGUCCCCACAUCGCCACCCCGACUCCCUUUUCCUGUCCUCUCUGGGCGCGUUCCCGCCGCACAUGCGACCCUCUCUCCUGUUUCGGCACAAGGAGGGAAGAACUACUUGCCGCCGGUCUUCGGCACUCUGCAGGGAUGACACUCUCACAGCCUCGUCGGAGGAGCCUCUGGCUCACGUCGCGUUCUCCGGAGUGCAUCCACCAGCCACGCGGUCGACGGCGCCCUACCGGCUGUCCACGGACGAUAGUCCCUUUGGGGACUUCUUCGCGUCUGUGGCUAACCCGCCGGGCAGCGCAUUUCCUCUGCUGCGGACCUCCUCGUCUUCGCUGCUCUCGAAGGCCGCCCAAGCGACGACACCCUUCGUCGCCUCGCACGCGGGCUGCAUGAGUCGUCUCAUCUCUCUGGGCGACGCCGGCGGGCGAACUGUCUCUUCGGUCUCCUCGGCGCGAGGCGCCCUGGACGACAGCGCCCGCAGAGACACGCGCUUCCUGCUGCGCGAGGAGACCACGGCGGAACUCUCGGUCUUUGAAGAAAACUUUGAGAAGUCUGCGUUUCCAGACGUCGCACAGAGCGCCUUCCCCCUCCGCCCCGCUGCGCUGAGUCGCCCGGAGGGGACUCCGCAAGAAGGAGACGCGCGUUCUGUCGCCGUUCCGGCCCUGUCCGCCGCGCUCGCCCCGCGCGUGUCGGCGUCGGGUCCCUCGGAGAACAGUCUCCUCAUGUCUCCGCGCUUUCUGCCGUCGCUGCCGUCCCCCCUGAUGCCCCCUGGAGGAGGCGCGGACUCUGCUGAGGCUCACGCGUUCGCGCCGCCUCUUCCUGCGUCGCACCGCCGCUCUUCCGACUUCCUGUCGUCCUCCGCGCUGCCGCCGCCGCUCGCCUUCCUCGAGACUCCGGGCGAGGGCGCUCGUCAGUCGCUUCCCGCCUUUCUUCCCGCUCUUUCGCUGCCCUGCGGCUCGCCGGCCGCACUUGGGAUGCCGCGCCUCUCGUCAACCAGCGCCUCGGGGGCCCCAUUCGUCCCGCAGUCGCCCGAACUCUCCUCGACUUCGAAACGAAACAGCUGCAACGUCGUCGUCUUCAGUGUGUCUGAACAGACCUCAGUCGCUGUGUCUCCGCACCCCUCUGCGUAG